UGAACGAAGUUUUCCUAGGCACGAAGCGGUGAACGAACAUUUAGUGAGCCGACUGCUCGAAAUAUUGAUUUCUGCUAAAGUAAACAAACAAAAAAUGGGCCCAGUUGAGCUUCUCCACAUGUCCGUGUUCUCGCAGACGUUCUCCCCCUGCGGUCGUUUUUUGGCAGCUGGUAAUAACUACGGAGAGAUCGCUGUGUUCAGCCUGUCCGCUGCUCUGAGCCCAGACGCAACAGGCAUGAGUCAGAAACCCAUUCUCACGUUUGCUGCCCAUGAGGGCCCUGUGUUCUCCCUGAUCUCCACAGACACGCAUCUCCUGAGUGCGGGCAACGGUGAAAUCAGUGCAUGGAGCUGGGCUGAGCUCACCAAGAGGAGCACCAAAGCUUUAUGGACAAGGAGACCCAAUUAUAAAACCAGCCUUGAGAUUCCAGAGAUCAAUGCUAUGAUUGUCAAUUCAAAAGACAACAGCUUGAUAGUUGGCGGGGGUGACAAUAACAUUCACAUCAUGGAUAUGGAAACCGGGACCUUCAAGUCUGUACUGCAGGGCCACAAAGACUACAUCCACUGCCUGUCUUUCAGGGAGAGAGAGGGGGAGCUUCUCUCAGGUGGAGAGGAUGGGGCGGUCAGGAUAUGGGACGCUCGGACAGGCCAAACGGUGCACUGUAUUGAGGUAUUUAAGUAUGAGGAAUGCACCCGCCCCCAGUUUGGGAAGUGGAUUGGCUGCCUUACGACAGACUCUGAUUGGAUGCUCUGUGGAGGAGGCCCGGCUCUCUCUCUCUGGCACCUGCGCUCCAUGUCUCCUACCUCCGUCUUCUCUCUAGCUGGCUGCCAGAGAGAGGCUGUCUUCUACCAGGACCUGAUCCUGACAGUAGGCGAGGGGCCGUACGUGUCCCACUGUGUUCCGGGAGGCACCGUAAAGGCUCAGAUCCCGUCCAGUUCCCCCUCACUCAACACGCUUACCCUGAACCUCAACAGCAAUGAACACAGGGUAAUGACAACUGCAGGCAGUAGUGACCAGAUCGAUGUUUUCACCAACUUCUCCUACAGAGCCUUCUCUCUGUCUUUCUGACACCAACACCCCCCCACACACACACACACUCGCUUGUAAUAGUACCUUUACCUUUCCUUGUGAGGACCAAAUGUUGACCUAUGUUAGUGACACUAAACAUAGGUCUAAUCCUGACCCUGAUCUGAACCCAAACCACUACUUUGUCCCUAAUGUUAAUUCUAAUUUGUAAUCUAAUCGUUAUCCAAGGUCCCGAAGAUCUAAAACCCAUUUUGGAUUUUUUUUAAAAAAAGAAAAACAAAUAAAAGAUUUUGGAUUAGAAAACCAGACCAAUGCAGAUGACUUUUGUGCAUUUCUCAUCAUUUUAGUUCUUCUUAAGAGGAAGAUCCUCUUGUGUGCAGAAAUGCAAGUAUACACCUGUCCUUUCAUAGAUGAAAUGUAAAUUUUAUUUUUAUAAUAAAAAAACAUUUAACA